GACAGAUAACGUAGAUCAAAUUGAAUGUUUUGUGUAAUAUCAGUCAUCUUACAAAAAAGUUGUAAUUUGUGUCUGAUAUUAAUAGUUUUUAUAAUUUAUACUAAACAUUAAACGAUAAAAAAAACAUCGACUAUAAAAUAAAAGAUUGGUUUUAACCAUUCCAGUAAAUAUCAUAGUUUGCGUUAUUAAUAUAAUGGCGAAUGAAUUAGAAUCUGAAACAUUAAGCGACUGUGCAAUUGGAAAAACUGUAAAGAGGUCCAACGAAGAUGAACCUCGUCAAAAUUUUAAAAAAAGAAAAAAUGAAAUAAAGAAUAUAAACAUAAAUGAAAAAAAUCCUAUAUCUAUAUUGAAUGAGUUGAGAAUCGGUUUAAAAUACAACGUUGUUGAACAUUCUGGCCCUUCGCAUAAUCCGACUUUUAAAGUAUGUGUAGAAGUCGACGGACAGAAAUAUUAUGGUUCAGGAAAUUCAAAGAAAGCUGCCAAAUCGGAAGCCGCCACAGAAGCUUUAAAAUCAUUCAUACAGUUUCCAACGAACGGUACGUUUGUUUCUUCAAAUACUUUACCAGGUAUAAAAAUGGAUUUUACAUCAGAUCAAGUAAUCAAUAAGAAACAAGAUAGUGGAAACUCUAAAAAAAGUAAAGUAGUCAAAGGACCAUUAAUGUUAUUGAACGAAUUGUACCCUAAUGCAGAAUUCACAUGUAUUUCAAACGAGAGUGAUCCUUAUGGUAGAUUCAAAAUAUCCAUUAGGAUUAAUAAUCAACUUUUCAUCGGAACUGGUUCUAAUAAAAAACUAGCAAAGAACGCUGCGGCUUCUUCUGCUCUUAGUAAGCUCAUUAAUUACAGUAUUCCCAAUGUAUCGACUGCUUGUAUGGAAGACAUUCCUUUUGCUACAAAAGAUGAACAAGAAUUAGCGGAUGUAGUUGGAAGAUUGGUUAAUGAAAAAUUCAGUAGUUUGAUGGCUAAUGAUAUCGUUCAUAUUAGAAGAAAAGUUCUUGCAGGUAUUGUAAUGACAAAAAAUUCUGACAUCAACACAGCGGAAGUAAUCUGCGUUUCGACUGGAACGAAAUGCGUUUCCGGUGAAUAUAUUAGUAUAAAUGGGGCAUCGUUGAACGACAUGCACGCCGAAAUUUUAUCGAGAAGAUGUUUAGUAAAUUAUUUUUAUGAUCAAUUAGAAUUAACAACGACCAGUAAUAAUUCAAUAUUCGAAAGUAAAGGGGGUAAAGGUUAUCGUCUAAAGGAAGGUAUCGAAUUCCAUUUGUACAUAAAUACGGCUCCGUGUGGAGACGCGAGGAUAUUCAGUCCCCACGAGGAGAAUUCGUCGAUCGACAAACACCCCAAUCGAAUAUCCCGAGGACAGUUAAGAUCGAAAAUCGAAUCAGGAGAAGGAACUAUACCUGUAAAGAAUGCCCCUUCACUUCAAACGUGGGAUGGAAUCGUUCAAGGAGAAAGAUUGUUAACCAUGUCUUGUUCAGAUAAAAUAUGUAGAUGGAACGUACUGGGACUGCAGGGGGCUCUAUUAUCCCAUUUCAUACAACCGAUCUACUUGAAAUCGAUCAUUUUAGGAAGCCUAAUGAAAGAAAGUCAUUUAUACCGAGCCAUUUGUGGAAGAAUAGAAAGCACCCUACAAGGAUUACCGCCGCCGUUUUUAUUAAACAGGCCGAAAAUGUUGAGGAUUACAUCGACGGAAGUUCGACAACCGCAAAAAGCCCCAAAUUUUUCAGUAAUAUGGACGUUGGGUAUGAAAGAACCUGAAAUAGUGAAUACCCAUGUGGGUAAACCGGAAGAAGGUGUAUCGAUGGUCUGUAAACAGAGUUUGGCUAGUAGAUUCGUUUCUUUGUUUCCGAAAUUAUCGAAUACUACUGAUAUCAAGGUAUUACCCUCGACGUUGAUGUACGCAAAAGAAAGUGUCUCUAGUUAUAAAGCAGCAAAAAUGAGUCUGUACGAAGCUUUUGUCAAGGCGCAGCUGGGUUCCUGGGUGUCUAAACCAUUGGAGCAAGACAUGUUCGAUAUCGUUCCUGUUAAACCAGAAAAUUUUAUUUAGGAUCGUUUUGUUGAUGCUUUUUUUACAAUUUCGUGUACCUUUAUAUUGCAGUGAUGAUUUCAUUACUUUUUUUUUUAAAUUUAUAUAUAUAAGCAUUAUACAAAGUAAUCUAAACAUUAAAUGUACAUUUUUACAGAAGUUUAUUAAGUGUGUAAAUAUAAUAGUUGAAGCAGUUCAUACAAGUCCGCUACUAUCUUCAACGCAUUCUAUAAAAUUAACACAAAUAAAGAAAUAAUUUGAAUGAAAUUGUGUUCAAAAUUAAUAUAAUUUCAGUAAUUGUGUUAAAAACCUCUUCUGUCCCUUCAAUAACUAAUUUAUUUGUUAGUUUUUGGUUAACAAUAACUUGGCAGUCACCAGAUGUCAAGUUGUUUCAAAUCAGUUGCUAUGAUCUGUAACUUUUUAAAAACUUUUAUAUUACUUUUGGUAGACAGUGGAUAUUGUCUUUAAAAACUUUGUUUUGUAUUCUUGUUAGUCGUUUCAAAUUAGUUGCUACACUCAGUAAUAUUUCCAAAAACUCUAUUUUAGUUUAGGACCUCAAUAACUUGGCAGUCAUCAGAUUUAUUUUGUCUGAAAAUCCUCUAUUGUUCACUAUUAGCCACCAAUAACUUGGCAAUCGCCAUAUAUUUAGUUGUUUCAAAUUAGUUGCAUUAGUAAUUAUUUUAGGUCCACAAUAACUUGGCAAACAUUAAAUAUUUCCUAAAAUCAUCUGUUUUUUUUACAUUUGGUUCACAAUAACUUGGCAGGCAUCAGAUGUUAGUUGCCCCAACAGUUCAGAAGUAAUAUUUUUUUUAUCAAUCUUCUAUACUAUAUAUGCAAUCAUCUCUAAAAACUUCUUUAGCAGGUAGUUUUAGUGAAAGUUUGUCCACAAUAAUUUAAUCAAUUAUUAGAUAUCACGUUAUUUCAAUCUUGUUACAAUUCUACAAUCUGUUUAAUGAAAAUAUUUUUCGUGGAUUCUGUAUUUGGCAAUUAACAUAUGUAAAAUAAUAGUAUUUAUUACUUUUGACCUACAAUAAGUUGGCAAUCAUUAGAUAUUGAGUCCAAUAUUUGUUAUUUCUUUGAAAAGAAAAAUAUUUAACGUUAAAAUAGCAUUACUAAUGAUAUAAUUUAAUACUUUAGGUUCACAAUAACUUGGCAAUCAUCAGAUUUAAUAUUGUUACAAAAUAUAAAAUUAGACUAUUAAUCUUUUUGUUUUUUUCAUUGUUAAAUCGACAUCAAAGACUAUAUUGUUUGUUAUUUGUGUUUGUAAUAAUAUAGCAGUCAUGAGAUGAAAAAUUAUUAAAAAGUUGCUGAUUUACAUUGCAAUUAUUUUUCAAAAUCAUUACGAAUUUAUUUAUUCAAUUUUUAUUUGAUAUUUUUUUUAUUCUCGUUUUGUUUUUGGAACCUAAGUUUUAUAAAUACUAUUUUAGAACUGCUUCGAUUUAUAAUUUGGAAUUGUACUUGGAUUUUUUCCGAUUCUCAAAUGUAGAUACGUUUUAAUAUAAAAAUAAAUCUAGAAUUAAUAAACUUGUCAAAUUAAUUUGAA